CACUAGUCCUCCGAAUGAUAAGCAGCGCCAACCGUCUCAAUCAGCCGGCCCCGGCAUCUCUCCGCCGGCGUGCGGGCUCAAACUCGAUUCGGCUGCGAGCCCAAUUAAAAACAGGGCGCGCGACGUCGUGCACGCAUAGUCGUGCGCCAUCAACGCACCACAGACUCGGCUGCCCAAAAACAGCGAACGACGGGCAGCCCUAGGCAAACAAAAACGAGAGCAGGCAGCCUAUAGACACAACCAGAAUGGCCGAGCGCAACCCAUCGACGCCGACGCGGCGUGUGCGCAUAUCGAGCGCGUCGCCGACGCGGUCGCCCGUGCGCCUCACGACGCCGCCGCGCACGCGCGCUGGGAAGCGGAGCCCCUACGCGUCUCCCGCCAGGAGCCCGUACCGGUCGCCGCCGACGACGCCGCGUGGAAGCGCCGCCGUCACCGUGCUCGGCAAGCGCGUGCCGCGCGUCAGCCUCCCGAUCCUCUGGUGGCUUCAAGCGAGGACGCGCGCCGCCGUGCUCGAGAAGCGGUUGAAAAACAUGCCGCGGGAAGACCCAAGCGAGGCCACCGCGUUAAGAGCGCGCGUGGCAGCUUUGGAGGAGGCCGUGCGCCAGGCGGAGUUGCACGCGGCGCGGCAGACCGCGCGCGCGACGGAGGCCGAGGCCAAGGCCGCGCGGCUCAUCGAGGCACCGCCGGCCUACGACACGGCCGAGGGCGAGCGGAUAUUGAAGGAGCGCCUCGACGAGCUGCGCCGCGGCACGCUGGACGCGCUGCGCGCGGCCGAGGCGAAGAACGAGCGCCUCGCGGCCGAAAACGCCGCGGCGACGCAGGAACUCGCAGAGUGCCGCCGGAAGCUCGCCAUGGACCACGUCGAGGCGGAGUCGAAGCUCGCGGCGGAGCUCGACCGGCUCACGGCCGAGACCGUCGAGGCGAAGCGCCAGCUCAACGACUGCCGCCGGAAAUUGGCCAUCGAGAAGCGCCGCGCUGAGAACGCUCCUCGGCGCGAGCGGGCGGCUGCAGCCGUCGCGUUGCGGGCCCAAAAGGCCGUCGUGGCGCUCAACGCCAAGUGCGACGACUUCUGCCGGAAGGUUCUGUUAAAAGCGCACGACGACGUCGCGGGAGGCCUGGACGCGUGGCUCCGCGACAACCGGCAGCCCCUCCUCGAGACGGCCGCGAUCUACGCGGCGCGUCGGCGGCCGUUCUCCGGGAAAAGCGUCGAGGAGCCCGCCGUCGAUAUAAAUGAGCCCGUCCGGCGCAUCCUCGACGUCGCCACGCGGCGCCAGCAGCUCCUCCCGACGAUCGCGCCCCUUGUCGAGGAGCGCGACGCCCGGGCGACGACGGGCUGCGACGCCGCAUUGGGUGCUGUCAUGGCCGUCGCCGCGCAGCGCAACGAGGCGCGGUUAAUACAGGCGCAGCAGCGGCUUGAGGCGCUGGCGACGGCCGCGGAGCGGGCCGCGGCCGGCGCGUCCGGCGCCGUCGGCGCCAUCGCACACCCCGACAUUCAACAAACCAUCGCGGACGAGAAGGAGUCGAGACGGACCGCGGCCGUGAGCGAGUUCCGCGCGCAGCGCCGCGCCGUCGACGCGGAACUCGCCGACCUGCGGACGACGCGCGCGCGCGCGGUCGACUCGCUGCGGAAGGAGCGCGCCGAUCGCGCGAAGACGGACACCGCGCGGGAGGCCGCGCUGGCCGCGGCGGCGUCGGCAUCGAGCCGCCUGACCGCGCGGCGCGUGGCCAAGGCCGUGCGCGAGACCGAGGACCGGGCCUUCUCGGCGCACGCGCUGGCCCUCGAGGACGCGGCGACGGCACAGCAACAGCGUCACCGCCAGGCUCUGGCCGACGCCAUCGCCGCCUGCGAGGCGCGCCACGCCGAGGCGCUGGACCAGCGCCGCCGCCGCGACGUCGCGCUCGCGGCCUCGCUGCGCGGCGCGAAGCAGCGCGCCAAGGGGCCGCAGCACGUCGCGGCCUGUGUGGAAAUCAACCAGUGCGUCGGGUGCGACAAUUCUUCACUAAGUCAUGUCUCGGCGAUGGCGUGGCCGCGCUGGUUCCGUCGAGCGGCGAGGAAUCGGCAUCGCCAAGCCAUCGAGCAGGCGUCGCGUCGAUGGCGUGGAGGACGACGCGAUGAUUCAGCACGAACGCGCCGUAAAAUUUUGAUUUCCACACAGGUCGCGGCGGAGCGCGCCCGCGACUCGCUCGCCGAGGCCGCGGCGGCGGUCGACGUCCUCUACCAGCAAGAGGCCGCGCGCAUCGACCGGCGGCCGCGGCGGCGCGAGGGCGCCUACGCGGCGGCGCCGGCGGCGCCGGCGCCAUCGGACGCCGCCCUCCCGCCACCGCCGCCGCGCCGGGCGCCUCCGCCGCCGCCGACGCGCGCCUCGACGCGCGCUCGCGGCCGCCACGGGACGCCUCGGCCGCCGCCGCCGCCGGCGUCGCGGCCCCGAAAUCAUCGCGUCGCGGCCCCGUUGAAGCUCGGCGCGUGGAACAAGACGACGCGCACGGAGCCGAUGCCGUUCAAGCACAAUUACACGGUUCCUGGGUCUGAUGUGGCGUCGUAA